AUGGAAGAUCUUAACAAGGUGGCUAGGUUUUCAAGCUGCAGAGGGGUUUCCUUCGAAGUUAAACUCCGAAAUGGAAGCCCAUUUGACAUCGGGCUUCCAAGCCGAAACAACCGCAGCGAACAGCGUGGCUGGCUCCCAUGGACUCAACUAGGCUCAUAUAGAGUCUUCCCCGUUCUAUCUGAGUUCCGAAGGACCGGAAGCCUAGCCAGUAGUCAUUUCUGUGAUCUCGAUGACGACGACGUGGAAGAAGGUGACGCCUUUUCAUCGAACGAAGUACUGCAAGUCGCCAACGAUAUCGAGAAACAACAAGUCCAAGAAGCUGAUCAACUCAUACAAGCAACCAAAAGAAAUCCUUCUGUAAGGAAGAGCAAGCCAUCACAGUCGCGCCUCUCUAUUAUUCUGCUGGACCAGGGACUGUUCACGGUGUACAAGCGCCUCUUCGCCGUCUGUUUCACCCUCAACAUGAUUGGGUUGGUUCUCGCCAUCACCGGCCACUUCCCCUAUGCGAAGAAAAGAGCAGCAGCCUUGUCUAUUUAUAACAUCUUAGCCCUCACUCUUUGCCGCAGCGAGGCCUUUCUCCUCGUCGUCUUCUGGCUCGCUGUCAAGGUGCUGGGGAGGCCUUGGGUUCCUCUCUUCAUCAAGACCGCCACCACUUCCUUUCUCCAAUCCGUCGGUGGAAUCCACAGCAGCUGCGGCAUGUCAUCCGUCGCAUGGCUCAUCUAUGCUCUCGUACUCACCCUUAAUCACCGUGACAACACCUCUGGCGAUAUCAUCGCAGUCGCUUCCACCAUUCUAUCACUACUCUGUCUUUCCUGCAUGGCCGCGUUCCCCCUCGUCCGCCACCUCCACCACAACGUCUUCGAGCGGACUCACAGGUUUGCUGGAUGGACGGCUCUCGCACUCCUCUGGGUGUUUGUCAUCCUCACGGUUGGCUAUGAUCCAGCCACCAAAUCAUAUGACAAUCUUGAAGGCUCCAGGCUUGCGAAGCAGCAAGAGCUCUGGCUCACUGUGGCCAUCACUUUCUUCACCAUCCUUCCAUGGCUGACGGUGAGACGAGUCCCGGUCUCGGUCACCGCUCCAUCCGGCCAUGCGUCCAUUAUAAAGUUCGCCGGAGGAAUCAAAGCCGGUAUACUGGGGAGGAUUAGUAGGUCACCCUUGUCCGAGUGGCACGCCUUCGGCAUCAUAUCUGAUGAUAAUGACGGCCACAUGAUGCUGGCGGGCGCCGUCGGCGACUUCACCAGGGGUUUGGUCUCGGACCCACCGACCCAUCUUUGGGUUCGAGGAGUUCACUUCGCUGGCCUCCCCUACCUGGUGAACAUGUACAACCGGGCGGUGUUGGUCGCAACUGGGUCCGGAAUUUGUGUGUUCCUGUCGUUCUUGCUGCAGCCAUGCGCUGCGGACGUGUGCGUGGUGUGGGUGACCAAGGGGGUUGAGCAAAACUUUGGGAAGGAGAUCAAGCAGAUGAUGAGCGGUCAUCCAAAGGAGAAGGUGAUGGUACAUGAUACUGCGGUGUCUGGUCGGCCAAAUAUUGCACAGAUGACCAUUGAUGCCGCCAGGAAUUGGAAGGCCGAGGUGGUAGUGGUGACCAGCAAUCCCCAGGGAAGCAGGGAUGUUGUUAAUGCUUGCAAGGCAGUUGGGAUACCAGCAUUCGGACCCAUAUGGGACUCGUAGGUUCUACAGUUGUAUGAUUUUACCCUCUUAGACAUUUUCCAUAUGUUUGGCUGUUGUUUAAGCAUUAUCUCCGACUGAGUCGGUUGUAAUCGUUAGCUCAUAGAGUAGUAGUCUCUACGGUUCCCUGGUG